AAAAAAAAAAAAGUAACUUCCUCGUCAUAUCUCUCUCUCUCAAUGUAUGGCUGCCAUUUAAGCCCGAGUAUAUCUAUGUCUUGCCCAUGCUCAAAUAUUGUGUCCAUGGUGGAGAAGAGAGAGAUCCUUCCAAGUGAAUCUUAUUCACCUUCUCUCAACUACCCUGCAAAAUCACCCCUUGAACCACCAUGCCUGAGACUCCCUCUGUCCCUAACACUAACCCUAAACUUUCAGGCAUGGCCGUUGCCCUCUCACCUUCUUCGCUGCCUACCAACACUGAGACCGGCAUCCCGAUCUUCACAGAUGAACACCAUCCACAACAGAAGAAAUUGACCCUGAUACCUCUUAUCUUCCUUAUCUUCUUUGAAGUCUCUGGAGGCCCUUUUGGUGAAGAGCCCGCUGUGAAAGCUGCUGGCCCCCUGUACACGAUCCUCGGUUUCCUCAUCUUCCCCUUCAUAUGGAGCAUUCCAGAGGCCCUUGUCACCGCCGAGCUUGCCACUGCGUAUCCGGGCAACGGUGGCUAUGUGAUAUGGGCCUCGGAGGCGUUCGGCCCCUUCUGGGGCUUCCUCCUCGGCUGGUGGAAAUUUGUAAGUGGUGUGAUAAACCUCCCGGCCUAUCCCAUGCUUUGCAUCGACUACCUCAAGCUUGCUUACUCGCCCCUCUCUCAUGGCUGGCCUAGAACUCUCUCUAUCUGCCUCUCCACUGUGAUCCUAUCUUUCCUGAAUUACACUGGUCUCACCAUCGUUGGCUGGACGGCCGUUUUCCUUGGCACCGUCGCGAUCCUCCCCUUCGUCAUCAUGGCCUUCGGUUCUCUCCCUUCGAUCAAGCCGCACCGGUGGCUGAGCACCGAGCCCGCACACAAGGAUUGGACACGCUUUUUCAACACCCUUUUCUGGAAUUUAAAUUUCUGGGACAGCAUCAGCACCAUGGCCGGGGAGGUCGAUAAGCCCCAAACAAUUUUUCCGAAAGCACUGUUCUCUGCAGGGAUCUUCACAUGCCUGGGAUACAUCAUCCCUCUUCUCGCCGUCAUUGGGAGCCUGGAGCUCGCUGAUUCAGACUGGGGCAACGGGUUCUUAGCGGAAGCCUCAGGGAGGAUAGUGGGUCGAUGGCUCAAGUUCUGGGUCGAGGCAGGGGCAGUGCUCUCAGGGAUCGGGCUCUUCGAGGCUCAAUUGAGCAGCGUCUCCUUCCAAUUGCUUGGAAUGGGGGAACUCGGGAUUUUGCCUGCCUUCGUGACCCGAAGGUCGCCGUGGUUUAACACCCCGACCUUCGGCGUGGUGGUCUGUGCCGCCAGCAGCAUCGCAAUCUCGUUCAUGAGCUUCAACGACAUCAUUUCCUCAGCAAAUUUCUUGUAUGGCUGCGGAAUGAUGCUCGAGUUCGCGUCAUUCUUGUGGCUGAGGUGGAGGAAGGGGGAGGUGAGGAGGCCAUACAGGGUGCCCAUGGGAAUGGCAGGGGUGGUGGGGCUCUGUUUGGUGCCAGCGGCAUUCAUUGUGUUUGUGAUGGUACUGGCCAGAAAGAUGGUGUAUGCGAUCAGCGCCGGUGUCACGGUGGUGGGCGUGGGGGCGUAUUUCUUCAAGAGAUGGUGCAGGCUGGGUAAUCCGUUGGAGUCCGCUAAACCGGCUCCAGAUGCUCCUGGGAUGGAGGGAGUUAUUAGACUUGUUUCUGGGAUCGAAAUGGCCGAUUCGGAUUAAGAGCAACAGACGACAAUCGGAAACCGCCGGGGAUGAAACCGGCUGAUUGACAUCCAGACGAGGAAGCCUCUCUAUAUACCUAGAACUGGCCCAAAAAACUUUUACAGGGCUGACGUGAGUCAAAGAUAAGAUUGUAGACUGUGAUAUUUUCUUGUAAAAGGUGCAUCCAUUGCUUCUUUUCUAAUUUAAAUACGAAAAAAAGUAUAUCGAGGCUGAUAAA